GCGCAGUAGUCGCAAUCGUACGACAGUGAGUCAUGUUUUCUUUUCGCGAAUCCGCACCGUACGGGGAAAACGUCGUGCACUUCCGGUAGCCCCUGUUGUACCACUCGACGGUAAUCGUCGUCAUUUCCCGUUAAUUUUUUUUUUCGUAUCCAUAGUACGUCAUUUUUCCGGUCUUCUGGAAUAUCGUCCGUAGAUCGGUUUAAUCUUGAUUGCACUCGUUGACGUUCGUUUGGAUUAUUUCACGCACAGUCCUUCCCAUCCGUAAACAGUACGCGCCAAAAAUGUAAACAGAUUUUCCUUCUGGACGUGCCGAAUUCGUGUCAAAUAUACCCCCCGAUUGGGGCGCCGCGUACGACCUGCCUAUUGUUGAGCUGUGAGUGAUUAAAAAUAAUAUGUUUGGCCGACCGUCGUCGGUGGGCAGAUGACUUGUGUGGCCGCCUCUGUGUCGUACGUCACGACGUUUCAACGACAGCAGCAGUUGUCCGUCCGUGCGGCGUGGCUGAACACUAGAGAAAUGGCCAAGGCCCUGAACGCGAGCCAGAGCUAAAAAUGGAACACACAGCCGUCCCGUUGCUGUGGUUGUGUUUGGUUUCGACCUGGAUCGAAUCGUCAGCAUCGUAUCCGAUCGGAGAUAUAAAUUCUAGUACAGCAUUAUGGAGCAGUUAUAAUACUUGGCUAGAAGCAUCAAUAGUUGCAGUCAUUUUUACUAUAUGUGUAGUUGUCUUUCUUGUUGGCUGCUUGGACUGCUGUCGAAACAGUAGAUUCAGUUUUAAGGAUUCCACAGUAACACAGGAGUUCCAAAAUGAAGUACUCUCCACAAGGGAUUACAGUUCUCCAGGAUUGGCAUUUGUCAACCCCAUUAGCAAUCUUCAUAGUAACGAGUUGUCAAGAUCAGACUCUACUGUCAUCAAUAUUGAACAGCUUUCACCAUCAAUUAAAUAUCAGUCAUUAUUUAAAGAAUGGAUAAAUGAUUCUCUAUCAAAUUUUCCAAGGUCCAGAUUACAAUUUCAUCAUGAACUUGGUUCUGGAUGGUUUGGAAGGGUGGUAAGUGGUGAAGUGGUUGGCUUGAACCAAGGUGAAAAUAAUAAAGUGGUAGUCCGCAUCUUAAGAGAUGAUGCUACUGAUUCCGAACGACUAAAAUUCUUACAAGAAGCUGCUCCUCAUAAAAUUAAAGUGAAAAAUGGAAAUCACUUAAUUUUAGGACUUGUAGCUGCUUGUAUCAAAAUGGACCCAUUAUUGUUAAUAUUCGAGUCUAGUCCAUGUGGUGAUUUGAAAAUGUGGCUCCGCAAAAAUGCAGACACCAAUGAAUAUGAAACCCAAUUAGAACGUAAACUCAAAAUGUCUGUUCAAGUAGUCAAUGGGCUUUUGCAAUAUUUAAAAAGUGGAGCUGUCCAUACGGAUGUAGCGGCAAGAAACUUUUUAGUAUUUCCUGACAAUGUAGUCAAAAUUGGUGAUUAUGGUAUUAGUACCCAAUCAUAUAAGGAAGAUUAUUAUUUCACUGAAGAGGGAGUGGCCAUUCCUAUUAGAUGGAGUUCUCCUGAAACCCUAAAUGUCUCUGAAUCUGUUAUUGAGACCAAAAAGGUUACUGUGGAAGGAAAUGUAUGGAGUGCUGCAGUGGUAAUAUGGGAAAUAAUGGAAAAUGGUGCUCAACCGUAUGGUUCUCUUAGCGAUUUAGCCGUUCUAUCUGCUGUAUUUAUUGAACGUACUCCACUUUUACUUCCACCAUCAUCUAAACAUCACAAACUCUCUCAGCAAAUAUAUCAAGUAAUGUUGCGGUGUUGGAAUAGUGACCAAUCAAAAAGACCAACAUUUCCAGAAAUUAUAUCAUCUCUGGAAGAAACCUAUAGCAUGUUAAAAGCUAAUUUUGAUCCUAUUUCCUCAAAUUCAAGUCCUAUGUUUUCUAAAGAUUUUGUUAAAAGUGAUAGUGACUCAGGAAUAAUGAGCUCUGUCAAUAGACCAAAAUCAUGUGAAGUUCAAAUAUACGCAGAUGAUAUGAGUGAUAUCAGUUCUCAACCAUCUGCGUCUAGUGGUGUUGAUGUAUUUAAUCAAUCCAAAAAAUCCCCAUCCUUAGAAAUAUUGCAUGGAUCAUUAGAGGAUCUGACAACGUCAAAUGACCUAUGGAAUAGAACAGAUGAUAGUAUUCAAUUUAUGGAAGGCAUAAAUAAUGCUAUUAGAGAGUUGGAUGAAGCUUUAGCUGGUGAACCUACAUCUUCUGAAGCUGAAUGCUCUCCACCAAUUGUUAAUUUUAGACUCGGUCCAAUAGCCGGUAAUAAAAUAAGCCGUCCACUAUUUGAAAAUUCUUACAAUGAUAACUCAUAUCUAGAAAGACGUUCUGGUAAUGAGUCAUCUGGAACGGAUACAGAAGAUGAACAUUGGAGAUUAAGAAUUGAGCGAGGUGAGUUUUCUGAAAAAGUCAAACAGAAAUCAAAAAGUGUUGCAGAUUUGAUGGUACUGACUCAUAUUGAUGCUAGCGAAAGUAGUGAAGGUGAUACUCCAUUAAAUUCGUUAUCAAGGCAAAACAGUUUUAAGUACAAUCGGUUAGCUGUUCCGCUCUUAAAUAGUCUUACAUUUACUAGUGAUAGCGACUUAAGAAACGCACAAGAUGAUCAUGAUUUUCAAGAUACUUUGAAAAAAUUCCAAACAGCCUUAAAAAAUAGAGAUGACGAUUCACUUUCAUAUUUGUCUUUACAAAUUGAUAAUAGUAUGAAAGUAAAAAAGGAUACUAAAACAAACAAUAAUACCAAUCCUUUUUUAGAGAUUGAAGCCUCGGAAAAAAAUAUUAAAAAUAACCCAUUCAUUUUACCAAACACAACUCAAUGUUCAACAGCUGCCAAUAACUCUUCUGUCCUUCUGGGUCCAUGUGAAAAUUUCACAAUAGAUUAUUAUAAGGGUAUUACUUCCUCUCUUACAGAGAAACCAAUCAAUGAAAAGAUAGAUAAUUCAAUAUUUGAAAAUGUCAGUUUUACAUUUAACCCUUAUGAGUCAAUGAAAUGGGACUCAAAUAUAUUCGACUUUAGUAAGCCUGUUUUAGAAGAAUCUGGAGACACAAAAGUAGAAUGCAAAUCAAAACACCUAGUUUUAGAUGAAACAGUCAAAGAAUCCACUUAUAGCACAUUGGAAUCAGACUCUGGCCAUACAUCAGAUUACACAAAUUGUGAAGAUAUUUCUACUAAAGAUACUCUAGAAAACAAAAGUUUGUGUACUCCAAAUUAUACAUUUAACGAGUCAAGCGAAGCUUAUAACUAUUACAACAAUAUCACUGUACUAAAGAAUGGCUCUGAUGACUCUGGUUGUGAAAUUGAACAGAUAACAAGUGAAGAUGGUAGUACAGAAUUUCUAAAUGAUAAAUCAGAAGAUGAAGACGACAAUGAAAUUACUGUGAUCAAAGUACAUGAUUUGUAUGAAGACAAAAUCCACAAUGAUCAAUCUAAAUUUGAAGGAAUAUCUGAUGAUGAUAAUAAACAAUGUGAGGGUAAAGGUCAAUAUGAAAUUGACGAUAUCAUCGAAGGUCUUUCAGAAUCUUGGUAUUUACAUCCACCAUAUCAAAACACAUCUGGUUGGCUACCAGAUACUUUAAAUCAUGAUGAUGAAACUGAUGAUAAAGAAUUAUCAUUAGAUGAAGAAUAUGCAGAAGCUAUAAGACAAGAACUUAGAGGUAAAGUUAAUCAAAACGAUAAUGAUUCUAGGAAUUUAAACAUUUCAUUGGAAGAAAAGGAAAAUGUAGCAGAAAACACUGAUCAUACGGAUAUGGUCAUACAUUACAAUGUUUAUCCUCCUCCUUUGUCCACAAUAUUUGAAGAAGACGAAGAUGAAGUACCCGAAAUAGUUGAUAAUUUUUCAGAAAAUCCCAGUCCUUCAUGUAUUUUAACAGAUACUUCUACCGACCAUCUAGUCAUAAGUAGAGAAAAACUUGUCGAUUCUUCAUCGGAACUAGAUGAUAAUGUUCAAGAUGAUGUUUUGAUUAUUGACACUAUAACUAAUGAAGCAAUCAUAUUGGACACAGACGUGUCAGAGAAACAAGAAAUUAAUGUUUUAAACAACACGUAUACAAUUGAAGAAGUUAACUCAGAUACAGAUGAUAUAUUAGAAAAUUUGGAAUCUGACAGUGUGGCAUCAUAUUCCCCUGAUUCGUUAUCACCAGGAUCAACUAGUAAAACUGCUGCAGCGGUGUCUUAUUCAUCGUCUGAGUCAGCAGGAAUUUCAGAUCAGUUUGUUUCUCCAACACUCAGUAAUAAUGAUUUACCUCUGGACAAACAAACUAAUGCACUUAAAAGUAUUGAAGAAUUACUGAGUUCUCCGCAUCAUACUAAUUCAAAUGAACACUUAGAUGAAUUCAACAACAUGCAGAACGUAAACUGGUUAAAAAUGUUUUUGAACUCUGAAACUUUUUGUGAAAACGACCUUGCUCAUUGUACAUCGUUACCAAAUUCCAUAAAUUUCAAUAGUUACAAUUGGCCAACAGUUAAUGAAUUGACUGCCAUAAGCAGCUCGGAACCAAAUUUAACUAAAAUUGACGUUGAUAAAACUUUAAAAACACAAGCUGUUUAUGAAGCCGAUUGUUGGAAGAGUUUAGAUUCUAAUUCAACAAUUACUGAAGAAAAAACUCAUAGAGAGUUUAAAGUAUCAUUAGUGAACGAAACUCCUGAAAAACAAGAAUCUUGUAAAUUAUUGCCGAUUCCAUCACCAGAUGACAACGUUUUAAACAAUUGGAAAACUGUGUUUGGUUCGUCCAAUGAUAAAGGUGAUACUGGUGAUGGUAAUGAAUCUGCCAAAUCAGAAGAUGUUACUGAUGAUGAUGAUGAUGAUGAUGAUGAAGUGGAAUUUGUCCCUUCCACGUGGAACAGUAAUGCAAUACCCAGUAAAACCUCAUUACGCAAUUCAAACUGUCAAUCAGGUACCAAAAAAUCUGUAUCAUUUAAGCAGCAAAACUAUCAUUGUGUCUACGAGUAUCCACGUGACGAUAGUGAAACGUUUGAUUUAGAUAUUGGACCAAUUUGGGACCGCACACCUAAUUAUUUUGAUUUAUCAUCCUUCAGUGAUUGGGGAACUGGUUCAUCAAAAGCUGAUUUACUCAGUCCAUCGUUUAUUGAUGAUGAAGCAUGUAAUCCAAUUCAAACAUUUCCACAAGAAUCCAACUUCAAUUUUCCCUCAACCACUUUUGAUGAUGAUUUUUACAUAAGUAGUUCAAAUCAACCAUUUGAAAUAAACCAAAGUCAAUUUUUCCCUGGUCAAAAGUCAAACAAUUCUACUGAUGACACUUUUGAACCGAAUGCGGCUGAUUUAACUCCGCUAAAACCCAAAAAUAUAAUUGUCAAUUCAAAUGAAGAUGUACCAGAACCGGUUUCAAUUGUCAGUGCAGUUACUCUGGAUGAAGAACUAGCUAAAGCUGAGAUGGAUAAUAUGGACAUAAAAACAUUGGGUAAAAUACUAUCUUUCAAAAUGGAUGAUGUUGUCAAAAUCAGUGAUAUUAAAAAGCCUAAAGAACCACUUUCGCCCACUUUGGGAGAACUGUGUCAUACCAAACAGCAUUUGACUUUGAACCUAUGCAAAUCUACGUCCAUACCACCUUCCAGCAUCAGCACGGAAAAGUUUAACACCUAGACGAUUAAGAUCAUUGGUUAUUAAAAAAAAAAACAAGUGUAGGAAACCCUGAUACCCGAACGUACUUAAUGUUAUG